GAAUCACUACAACAUAUAUACAACUCUUAUAAGGACGGUAUUGUGAUAGGAUCCGAAAUUUACGAAUAUAUCUCUUACAUAAGAUUAAAAAAUAUUUACUUGAUUCUUUUUGUCAAUUUUACUAAAUAAUAUAAAUUUAUAAAUUAAAUUUUCUAAAAAAAUAUUUUUACAAACUAUUUUGUUUUUUUUUUAAGAUUUUUAUUUUGCACAUGUGGCAUUCUCGUCUGCAAAAUUGGCUGACAUAACAUCUACAUCAUUAAAAUUAUAUGACAUGACAUUUGUUGUGGCGACUGAUGUAUGAUUUCGCCAUAAAGAUAAAGAACAUUUAUGUAAUUUGAAAUUUUCGAGAGUUGAAGUAUGUUUUUGCACGGUGGUAUAAGUCGGGUUUGAAUUAAACAUAUUGUGAUAUGUUGGUUACGAAAUGACCAUUUUUCCGGCUCUGGUCCUGAUCUAAAUGCUUAUGUAAUAUAUUAUUGAAGCUUCAGUUACAAAUGCAAAGGAUCUAUCAGUCAAGAUUCUCUAGUUGAAGCUCUAGUGUUUGCUUAUGACCUCAUCUGAUUCUCGGUCACUAUCUCCGACUCCACAUCUAACAUAUUGCACACCAAUGACGCACUGGUCUGAGUUUAAAUUGGAACAUAACAACUCCACCCAGAAUAAAAAGAAACUGGUCAUCGUGCAAAACUCUUCUUGUUCUUCUCCUCUCUAUAUAUCUCAUAUUUGUGUAUAUUUUCGGAUUUUGGAAACGUCACUCAAGCUACUCAUCCAAAUUGCUAAAAAGAAAGUAGACAGGAAAGCUCUUCCUUAGUGCUUCACACACUACACUAGUACACUUAGGUCUCCACUUUGUGUGCAUAAAAGUAAUGGUGGCUUUGCUUUCUAACCGAUGUUAGUGCCUUGUGUGUUCCUGUUGUCUUCCAAAAACUAUGGGUAUAUAGUUCUUCCAAAACUAUGGGUAUAAAUCUUUAAAUUUAUUCCUAUGAAUCUAAAAUCAAAUAAAUAAUGACAUUAUAUAAAUCUAAUCAUUUGCUUAUACGUCAAAUCACAUCCUAACGUUCUUCUAAAAGAAUUCACAUAGUCGAAUUAGUUCCUAACACCGUCUUAUGACUAAUUUUAGACAAUAAAUCCGACUAACAUAUCAUAUUUUUGGUUAAAAAUCAUUUUGGUUUAUAAACUUUAUAUAUAACUGUGUACAUUUAGUUUCCUGAUAUUAUUGUAUGUUGAAAUUAAAAGUUAAAAUUUUUAAAGGAAUUACUUGUAACGUCUUUUAAGAAAAACCCAUAGAUCAACAAGAUAUGGUUCUUUAUAAAAAUAAAGUACAAUGGUUUAGCUGUAAAAAUAUAUUAUAAGAGCAGAGAGUACACAGAAUCAUUUCAGAAGGUGACUAUUUUUCUAAGAUCAAGUUGCAUGCGCUUAGGAGGGGACAUUGAGUUGACCUGAUUGGUAUAGUACACUAUAAACCUACACUUUUAUCAUGUUAAAGCACCAUCGAUGUAAUUGUAUUUAACUGUGUACAGAGACAUGCAGGUAACUAAUAAAGACAAAUUAGACACGUGGCAUAUAAUACCAUCAUAGCAGCUACAACAUGUAAUUGUUUAACAAAGGAACCACCUGCCUUUUGGCUUAUAAAACUCAUCAAGAAGGCAUUUCACACACACCACACCACUCCAUUGCUAUUGCUCUGUACUUUUGAUUCCUUGCGGUGAAAGAGGGAGCGCGUGGAAUAUCAUGGCCGACGGUAGUAACACGGUCGCGUGCGGCAUAAGUAAAGAGAUUAUGCUGUUCGGUGUUAGGGUUGUGCUUGACCCUAUGAGAAAGAGCGUGAGUUUGAACAACUUGUCUGAUUAUAAGCAGACGGAUGAGAUCCUAAAGAUCGGUGGCGAGGAUGGAGAUAGACAAGAUAAGAACAAAACCAACUCCUGUUACGCUUCCGCGGAUGAAGCUGUUCCGGUUUCUUCUAAUCGUGAGAGGAAACGAGGAGUCCCAUGGAGUGAGGAAGAGCACAAGCUGUUCUUGCUUGGGCUGGAGAAAGUAGGAAAAGGAAAUUGGAAAGGAAUAUCUCAAAAAUUUGUCAAGACCAGAACGUCUACUCAAGUAGCUAGUCAUGCUCAGAAAUACUUUCUCCGGCGAAGUAAUCUCAACCGUCGCCGCCGGAGAAGAUCUAGCCUUUUUGACAUGACAAUUCCUACGGUCAUGCCCAUGGAAGAAGUGCAGGAGAACACAUCACAACCAUCUUCUCUUGUACCAGAAGUUAACCUGGUCCCAUUUACUUUGCAAGCUAGUCCUGAACCGAUCUCUCUCAGCCUCUCACUAGCCUUAUCCAAUAUAAAUGAGCCAUCUUCUUCUUCUUCUUCUUCUUCAAGACAUUCAGCAUUCAACACCAUUGGAGUCGCUUAAUGCAAAUCCCAAAAGGUGAAUCUGCAACACACACACACAUCUUGUUUGUUUCUCUCUUGUACAGAUAAGACUUGACUUUGUUGUAUUUUAAUCAAAUUUAUGUAUUUGGCUGAAAAGAUGUGUAGUAAAGAAGAAUAAUAGACUUAGGAGUUUGAAGAAUUGUAAGUGUGUUUUUAGGGUUUCCACCACCUUCAUCUUUUCUGUUUUUUUUUUUCCUUACAUGUUUGGAAGUUGUUGUAAUACUAUCUGGUAUGGUUUGUUUCAUUCAUGUUCUCUCAGUCAAAAUCAUAGUCUUAGUUGCUUCUCCAUGUGGCCAUCUCAAUCAAUCUUUGGUGAUUCAUGGGGGUUUAUAAUAAGAUAUCUGGUUUUUCAGGAUAAGAUAUUUGUAGGAUUUGUAGAUUAUUCAUUAUCUUGAAUGAUUCCAAUAUGUCACAUUUUAUUGGUCACUUCUAUUAUAGUGGAGCUUUUUCAUUACCCAUCAAAAAUCCAGAUUCUUUUUAUAAAUUUUUAGUGUGGGAUGAUUAGGUACAUUACCUGUUUCCUAACCAAAUAAUCUUCCAAUCACAGAACAUGAUCCCCAUUCACUAAUCAACCAAUCUUACAACAGCAUACAUACAUGUAUGAGUCAAAUGUGUGUGUGUGUGUGUUGGCAUGUCCUCUGUUUCUUUCGUGUACAGUUGUAUUCAGUCUCCCAGCCCAUAAAUAGAAACACAUUCAUAAACAAAACAAAAAGAGUGUGCGAGAGAUCUUCUUGCUCAAUUUGAUCUCGUAUAAUUAUUCAACUGCUCUGUAUCUUCUAUCGAAGCCCACACUAAAAAGACCCACUUAUGAUCCAUUAAGAAGUCUCAAUAGUUUAUGACUUUAUGUAUUAGGGUUUCUAGAUUGAUAUAAAUAUGUUGUUAGAUGUUCUUUGGUUGGAAUUUUGGCUGCCUAUAGUUGCAGCCUUCUUUAAACUUUUUAUGAGAUCAAUCAAACUGUUUUAGAUUCUUGGUGACAA